GCGGAGUUGCCAGCUGCCAUCGCCACGCUCCAGAGGCAGGCGGACCACCCCAACAUCGUCACGCUGAUCGAACGGUUGUUGCUAGCACGACCGCAGGUGGUGUGGCAGCCACACCAGGACGAGAUUCUUCCGGCUGUCAAGUGGAUGCUGGGGAAUGGUGCCAUGCCUUUUCACAACGACGAGCUGUUCACCGAUGGCUCGGCCUUCGACCUCGACCUCGACUACGGCAUGGCUGGCUGUGCGGUGGUGCAGAUACCCUUCGGGCCUGGCUGGUUCGAUCCUGCGCAUGCCGCCCGUGAUGACAUCGACACGGAUGUGGUUAUCAAGUCUCCGCCGAAGAUUCGGCUCAGCCUCACGGAGCACGAUUUCGUGGUCGAGGACAGCUGCUGGAGAUGCUCCAAGCGCGGGCGAUACGCUGCAACCGAGCACUCCAAGCGCAAGCUGCACAGCCUGCCCUGCAUCCCACG